AUGACCGGAAUAGGAUUUGGGGAGGAGGAAGAAAAGAAGAGGAUGACGAGGGAAGAAGCAGAGGAAGAGGAGAGGAGGAGGUUGAAAAAAGGUCGUUGCUUGGAAGAGCAGCCAGGAACUAGACAACCCACAGCGAGACAAACCACACCAAACCGGCGGGCCUUUACCAGACUCUCCAGACUCAACCAGACUCACCAAGACUCCAUCCAACACCACGCAACCAGGAUACAAACACCUUGCCCGUUCCAAACUAGUGUUUCAAGAAACCAUCCCCCAAUCCAGCCUAGUUUUCAGGGGUAUCUAGCUGUUGAUUGGCUAUCCCAAUCAAGAUGUGGCCUCAAGAACCCACGCCGACUCCAAGGAAGGGAUGCGCAGGGCCUGCGUCGCCCAGCAGGCCAGGUGGCGUGGACAAACAUCCAUGUGUCGUCUCCUAGAGGGGACCUCGGAGGUCGGUCGUCUGUACCGGGAGAUCUUACUACAAACGAGCUGGUUUCGGAGGUGCCUGAACUUGCCUAA